AUGAGGGCUGUCUUGUUUUACAGGUAUCUGAAAUAUUUCCAGUUUCUUGAGAUGUACAAAAUCAGAACAUAUAUUAUCAUUGAAAAUGUGUAUUUUUUCCAGAUUGGCAUUGGAAUCAUAGCCAAUACCUUCCUCCUUGUCUUUCAUAUCUAUGUCAGUGCCCAAGUUCACAGGCUUGGUCCAAGGCCCUCUGAUAUGACCACCUGUAACCUGGCUUUUGUCCACACAGUGAUGCUAUUUACUACACUGGAUAUUUUUUCUGCGGAAAUGUUCAUGUUGCUGGAUUUUCCAAAUGACUUAAAAUGUAAGCUUUUGUUCUACUUGAGUAGGGUGAUGAGGGGUCUCUCCAUCUCCACCACCUGUCUCCUGAGCAUUAUCCAAGCCAUCACCAUCAGUCCCAGCUCUUGCUUCUUGUCAAGAUUUAAUUGCAAACUCACAAAGAAUGUUGCCAUUGCUUUCUUCUGCAUUUGGUCCCUCAACCUGUCUUCCAAUAGCAACAUGAUUAUCUACACUGUAGCUCAUUCCAACAGGACCAAUCUACUCACUGUCAGUAAGUACUGCUCAGUUUCCUCAAUGGACUCUGUCAUCACAACAAUAUUUUUCAUGCUUGCAUUUUCUCAGAAUGUCUUCUUUGUAGGAAUCAUGCUGCUUUCCAGCAUGUACAUGGUGAUUUUCUUAUGUAACCAUCAGAGGAAGUCUGAGUACCUUCACGGUAUCAGCACUUUCCCAAGGAUCUCUCCAGCAAAAAGGGCCACCCGUACUGUCCUGGUGCUGGUUAGUUUCUUUGUGAUUAUGUACUGUGUUGAUAUCAUCAUGUCAUCCUUCUCAACUAUAUCUUGGAAAUAUGAACCAAUUGUCCUGGGUAUCCAAAGGCUUGUUGUAAAUGCUUAUGCCACUGUCAGCCCUUUGGUGCUUAUUAGCUCUGAUAAAAGAAUAAUCCAUGUACUACAAUGCAUAAUUGAUAAGAUUGCAAUCUUAAGUUGA